UCCCUCCCUGACAGUCUGGAGCACAGAGAGAGUCCACUCCCGGUAUUUGGGAGGUAUGGGGCGGUUUCCGUCUUUUGGGAGAUUUCUCUUUUUCUGGGAGCGGAGGAAUCACUUCCAGAAUGGAGAGAACAAGCCUCUUAUUCCAAAGGGAGAUGUAAGAAACGCAGAAGGUGCCUCAUCUGUCUCGUAUCUGGGAACGCACGACAGUUCAGGAAGUCAGACGAGCUCGACUUUAUCCAGCCAUGAAGAGUCAACCAGAGCUUCAUCAAGGAACGUCUUCACCUUACGAGCGCUCAGUCCGUCCAGCUGGAGCGACUACAUCUUCAAGUAUCUCCUGGUCACGAGCAACCUGCUCUUCUCUGUUCUUGGUCUGGUCACGCUGGUCGUGGGCCUCUGGGGCCUGAUCAACAAAGAGUCCUUCGCUCAGGAGAAGAUCAGCGGUAUCGGGACGGACCCCAUGCUGCUCUUCUGCUUCCUGGGUCUCGUUCUGGCCCUGCUGAGCCUGAUGGGAUGCGUGGGGGCGCUGCGGGAGAACAUGUGUCUGCUUCAGACCUUCUCGGCCGCAGUCUUGCUCCUGGUGGCGGCGCAGGUUUUGGUGGCGAUCGUGUUGUACAGCCUGCAGGGUCAGAUCGCGGAGUACUUGCGCUUGGGCAUGUUGGCCGCUAUGGUGCGGUACCAGGACGACCUGGACCUGAGGUUCAUCACUGAUGAGAUCCAGACGGGCCUGCAGUGCUGCGGGGCCGAUACCUACAGAGACUGGGAAAUCAAUGUGUAUUUCAACUGUUCGGCUCCAGGGGUCCAGGCGUGCGGAGUGCCCCCCUCAUGCUGUAUAGACCCCCUAGAGAACGGGACGGUGUGGAACAGCCAGUGUGGAGUCGGUGCCCAACAGCUGGACGAGUUCUCGGCCCAAAGCGUGAUCUUCCUGGGUGGCUGUCUGGGCAGCAUCUCGCGCUGGAUCGAGCAGCACAGCGGAGUGAUUGUUACGGUAGUCAUCAUUCUGCUGGGGCUCCAGAUCCUCACUCUGUUCAUAACGGCCCAUCUGCUGCAGAAGAUACGGUGGAGCAGAGCUCAGCAUGAUGUGUACUUACAAUCACUGCAGUGAAUGGAUUCAGAUGUUUCCAAUAACAGGAUACUGU